UGGGGGAGGCUGUCGUCGAGCUUGAGUGUGCCGUUGCAAGCUGCCCAAAACCACACAAAGAAAACCGAGCGGACAAACGUUGGACGACACGCCGUUAAAUAUGGGCCCGCCGGGAGACAGACCACGCCACAUGUCGACUGAAAGAACGGAGGAUUUCAGCUGGAUUGUCGAUUUAUCUUGACAUGGCAUGCGGCAGGGCGAGUCGGCGGUUGUGACGACUGAAGAAAAAAAGAAAGAAAACAAGCGCUGCAAACAACUCGAAACUUCAGACGCAGAAAGGGGGAGAUCUGGUUUAACUAACGCGUAUCGCGGCCUUCAGCGGUAGUCGUUGGUUCGCCAUUAAAUCCCUUGCUGUUUUUUGUCGAUUAAGUUGUCGACGAGACGCGACUGAAGCUAACUGUACCUAGCUAAAAUGCCUCGCACGAGCAAAACCAGUUAGUCAGUCACCCCUGACGGUCUCUUGACUCUCUCCGCACUGGCAGUCGCAUUGAACCUGGCGAGAAAAUGUAAACGCGUAGAAAGAUGACUGUACGCUAGCUAGCCAACCUCACGUGGGCCUCAAUUAAGCCAAUCCGUCAGAAGAUAAGAUGUAGCUUUAUCGUCGGUUCACUACUAGUUAGUGUCGGAAGUGACUGCCUAGAUUAGCUUGCUAGCUCACCUUAGCUAGUGUGCUAAAAAUACGCCCACAUCAUGACUAUCGGCAGUGGCAGCACCGCGGGCCGUGGGCCGAAUGAGUGGCAGUAAAAAGUUUAAGGAAAUGUCAAGGUACUUUCGCAGUAGUCUUCGAUGUUACCCGGUGCCACCAUCUCCUGGCAUCUGUAUUUAACAGCCAUGUUCGUCCGUCUCCCCAAUCCGUCUUUAACACGCUGUAUCUACGGAUAAACAAACACAAAACGACAGCAAUGGAGGAGGGACUCUGAAAUGACCCAAAUAAUACAAUAUUUGUCGACUUGCUAGUCUCUGUAGUCCUCAAUUUCACUAGGAAAAAUGUAUGGUCGGUAUGGGUUUUUACAGUAGUAAAUAUUUCUGUUGAUUUCAGUACAAUUCUCAGUAUAAAAGACACAUUUGAGUUGCUCUUUUCUUUAAGACUGUUAAUCCAUUGUUGAUGGCAGGUUGAAAAAUGCUCAUGUAGCUUUAAAAUCAUGUCUUAAAACAUGAAUUUCUGAACAAGUAAUAAGGACAUGUAGUCUUAGAUUGUAGACCAAUCCCCUCCUAAGCACUGCCCUUUUACAAUAAACAAAAAUGACUUAGUAUUGUUUAUGAUUUGUCAAACUUCUCAGUUGGUAGUGGGUAUCUUCAAGAUCUAGCCUAGAGUUGUUUUGAUGCGUUGUUUCUGCAAAGGGUAGCUACCUCCAUCCUUUAUCCAACGUAUACUAAAGUACAGAGUUUUGCCAAAAUAUUCUGCACAAGAGACGACCGUACCAUCAAAAUCUAACCAUGGGGGACCCAACUUCACGAAGAAAUCAAACAAGAAACCGACUGCGAGCUCAACUUCGGAAGAAACGGGAAUCUUUGGCUGAUCAGUUUGACUUCAAGAUUUAUAUAGCCUUCGUUUUCAAAGAAAAGAAGAAGAAGUCUGCACUUUUUGAGGUAGCUGAAGUGGUGCCAGUGAUGACCAACAACUAUGAAGAGAACAUCCUACGAGGUGUGCGAGAUUCCAGCUACUCUCUCUCGAGUUCAUUAGAACUCCUGCAAAAAGAUGUCGUGCAACUGCACGCCCCCCGAUACCAGUCAAUGCGAAGGGAUGUGAUAGGCUGCACACAGGAGAUGGACUUCAUCCUUUGGCCACGCAACGAUAUUGAGAAGAUUGUUUGUCUACUGUUCUCCAGAUGGAAGGGGGCCGAUGAUGAACCGUUUAGGCCUGUUCAGGCCAGGUUCGAAUUUCAUCAUGGAGACUACGAGAAGCAGUGCUUGCAUGCUUUGGGUCGUAAAGACAAGGCUGGAAUGGUCAUGAAUAACCCAACUCAGUCUGUAUUUCUCUUUAUGGAUAGACAGCACUUACAGACUCCUAAAACCAAGGCCACAGUGUUCAAGUUGUGCAGCCUCUGCCUAUACUUGCCUCAGGACCAGCUGACCUGCUGGGGUGUGGGAGACAUCGAGGAUCACCUCCGCCCAUACAUGCCUGAUUAAGGCUUCCUGCAUUUAACAGCCACACAGGAAAAAGCCCUUUCCCUCCUUCCUGCCUAAGCCUUCAGAAGCAAAUUGAUGUACUCAUCUCCAUUCAUUUCCUGUUAAAAGAUUUGAACUUGUGCUUGGAUCUCUCCCGUUUUUGUUACCUACCCGUUCUCCCCUCCCUGACCCGAGGCUGAUUCAGUUCCCAUCCUUAUCUUUUGUUCCUCAUGCUGCCAAUGUUUUCUCUUUCUGCCGUUUUUUUGGAUUGGUUCCCCCGUUUUUCCCCUUUUACUCCCUCUCCAUUCCCGCUUACUCACUCAUAUUUCUUUCAUUUGAACCUGCACGAACAUUGAUUUUGAGUGGUUGGUGGUUCUCUUGGAGCCGCACUAUCAACAGCACGGGUCAUUGAAGGAACUCUUUAUGUUGCAUCAAAACAGGAACAAACAAUACACAGGUCUUCACGGUGGUUUUCAGAUGGACGUGUUUAAUAACCUUGUUGUCAUAAGAAAGGUUUGUUCAAGCUUGUUUGUCAUGUCGAUGGGGUUUCUAGAACAACUUGACACAAUCUUUUGACCAAGGACAGGUGUGAAAAGGUGUUUAAACACCUGUAUAAGUAAAGAAACAAUAUUUGUCAAAUCAUAUGGUGUAGGUAUUGCUUCUUUACAACCGCCUUAGUUCUUUUUUUUUUUUGCUGGACUUUAAAAAAUGUUUUGGUGUCAUCUGCUUUCCUCUAAGAAAUGCUAGGCAGGUCUUUGCUAAAAUCUGGAGUGGCUUGAAAGGCAUUGUACACCAAGUCAAGUGUUGGUUAGAUGGUGGAGGUCGUUGUCACCGUUCAUUUAAGCUACUGAAAUCUGUUUUAUUGUUUGUUUGAGAUGUGGGGUGGUGAAAAACUGAACUGGUGACAUACUUAAUGUUUAACUUGCUUAACAAAGUUGCUAAAGCUAACUGAUUUGUUUUAUUUGACUUACUAAAUUGAUAAUUUGCUGACACGCUCAAAUUAAAAUUGGCUGUGCUUGUCAAAGAAUGUUAAGUACAUAGUAAAUAUAAUUUUGCUCCUUGUUGAUUUAGUGUGUUCACUUAAGGGUAAUAGGCGUGUAACUUCUGGGUUUUUCUGUUGAUUUUCAAAUCAAUACUGAGCAUAUCUCAAUACAAUGCAAAUUCUGAAAGCAUAA